AUGGAGCAGAGAACAGGAGAUAAAGAACGGGAGAGGAGGAACGACCCAGAGGAAUGGGAAGAAUUAAACAUAGAGAUAAGCGAACUGGAGAAGAUGACUGCAAAUAUAACAGGAUUUGCAACAAAAGCAAUCCAUGCAGGACAAGAUCCACUUCAAUGGAGUCAUCGUGCCGUCGUGCCACCAAUAGUUAUGUCAACAACGUUUCAACAAGAUGCUCCAGCUAAACACCAAGGGUACGAGUAUGGUAGAAGUGGAAAUCCUAGCAGAAACUGUUUAGAACGUUGCAUAGCAGCUUUAGAAAAUGGUAGGCACUGUUUGGUUUACUCAUCUGGGCUUGGUACGACAACUUCUCUUAUGGCAUUACUCAAUACUGGCGAUCAUAUUGUAUGCAGUGAUGAUGUUUAUGGUGGCACAAAUCGCUUUUUUAAAAAAUGUUUACCCAGGAAUAAUAUUGAUGUCACUUUUGUUGAUGCUUGCAAUAUACCAAAGGUCAUUAAUUCAAUUCAGCCUCACACAAAGAUGAUUUGGCUUGAAACUCCGACGAAUCCUCUUUUAAAGUUGGCAGACAUAAGAGAAAUAGUAAAUAAAAUCAAGUCUCAAAAACCAGAUAUUUAUAUAGUGGUCGAUAACACGUUUGUUACAUGCUAUUUUCAGAAACCCUUGGAGCUAGGAGCUGAUAUUUCAAUGUACUCCUUAACUAAGUACAUGAAUGGACAUUCUGAUAUAAUAAUGGGAGCUGUGGUAACCAACAGAGAUGAUAUUGGAGAAAAGUUGCGGUUUUAUCAAAAUGCAAUGGGUAUCAUACCCUCUCCAUAUGACUGCGCACUUGUAAAUAGGAGCUUAAAAACAUUGGAGCUUAGAAUGCAACAACAUAUGAAAAACGGUUUGGCUGUUGGAAAGUUCUUAGAGAAUCAUUCAUUAGUAGAAAAAGUCCUUCACCCUUAUUUAUCAUCACAUCCACAACAUGACUUGGCUCUCAAACAAAUGUCCGGCUACAGUGGCAUGGUAUCGUUCUACCUCAAAGGAGAUUCAAGUAAAUUUCUAGGAGCAUUAAAAAUAUUUACGUUAGCUGAAUCACUGGGAGGCUACGAGUCAUUAGCUGAGUUACCGUCCGUCAUGACUCACGCAUCAGUACCUGCAGCUGAAAGAGAAAACCUUGGAAUUACCGACCAACUUGUCCGCUUAUCUGUUGGACUAGAGACAAAAGAAGAUCUAAUUGCUGAUUUGAAUCAGGCUUUAGAAUAUUCUAUACUGUAAGAACAUUAAAUAUUAACUCACAUGUACAUGAUUAAACAAAAUGUCACAUAA